AUACAUGUGACGUCAGCGAAGUCAGGGCUGAGAGAGAGGCGGGAGGAGGGAAUGAUGGUCACACAAUAUCCCAGGCCUCAGACAUCAAGCUGUGACACAAUGCUGUGCCUCCUGGUUGUAUCGGCAAACAUUCACCUUACCAAGACUAAAAAGGCAGACUGUAAGGUUGUUGCAACUUUCCAAGGAAUUACAAAAGCAACAAGUGUUGUGGCCAAAGAAAGCAAUCCCGUGUGGAAUGAGGCUUUAGUGUGGCCACUGGGGGAAACCAGAGUGGACAGUAACUCCGAACUGUAUAUCAAUGUCAACGGCCAUGAUGAGUCACACAAGAUUACAGUGUUUGGCUCUCACAUCAUUCCGCUGAAGGCUCUGCUGGAAGACCAGGGCCAGACACACAAUGAGGUCCCAUUGCUCAACAGUAAGAAGCAGCCAACUGGGAAUACCAUAACUUUUCGCAUUGUAUGCACUCAAGAAAUUAAUACCAAGGACAGUCCAAAUGAAGAUGUUAAGCAAGACCAGAAGAUAAGUCUUCAAGAAAAGAGAGAUCUUACCGACGAGGUGCAAGAUUUGAGGGUUAAGGUUCGAAUCAUCUCUGGGCGACAGCUGUUUGGAAGUAAUAUCAAGCCUGUGGUGAAAGUACGGGUGGGGAAAAAAGUUCACAUAACCCGAGUACAACGAGGCAGUGAUCCAUAUUUUAAUGAGAUUUUCACCCAAGAUUUCCACCAAAUGCCAUCGGAAGUGUUUGGAGAACUAAUACACAUCCAGGUGUUGAACUCAAAUGCAGCCAGGAAUAACUCUGUCAUUGGAGUAUUCAAAAUGGACAUUGGAAGUGUGUAUGAUGAUACAGGUCAUGCUAUACUGAGAAAAUGGCUGAGUCUGUAUGAACCAGACAAUGUGAACUCUGGGGUGAGAGGUUAUCUGAAAGUCAGCCUGUUUGUUCUUGUAGCAGGUGCUUCUGCCCCGGUAGAAGAUCAGAACGUGCCCGACGACGAUGAUGUGGAAUCCAACCUGCUCACUUAUUCUUUAGUUUACACUCAUGUCGCCAGUGUACGUGUGAAGAUUCUUAGAGGGGAGGACAUUCCAAAAAAGAGUCACUCUCUGCUGACCAUGUUUGGCACGAAUUUACAAUUGCACUCUCACACAGUGAAUCCAUUUGUGAAAGUUACCUUUGCUGGCAAGACGCUAAAAACUACGGUGGUCCACAAGAACAGCAACCCUGUGUGGGAUCAGAUGCUGGUGUUUCCUGUACAGUUUCCUACAAUGUAUGAAAAAAUCCAGCUGACCGUAUACGACUGGGACUCAAUAGGUCAGGCAGAUGCUCUCGGCAGUGCUUCCCUGUAUAUCUCCCAGAUGUCAGUCGCAGCGCAUGAGAGCAAAACUGGAGAAAACAGUGGCUUCCUGCCGACAUUUGGGACAAGUUUUCUGACUCUUUACGGAAGUCCUCAUGAGUUUCUUGGUGCACAAAAUAAUCAACAAAGCCUUAACCAAGGAAAGGAGGAAUGUGUGGCGUAUUCUGGCCGGCUGCUGCUUCAAGUGCAGACUGUUGUGGAGGAUAAACCGAUGUUAAAGGUGGAGGCGAUCCCUCUGUCAGACGUCUGCAGGGUUGAGUGCCUCACGCCCCGUAAGAAGUUUGUCCUUGCAGGCAUCCUGUACUCUGCCACCAUGCUGCCAGAGGUGAAGGAUCCAAUCCAAUUUGAGAUGAGCAUGGGCAACUAUGGCAACAAGUUUUACAUGACGUGUGAACCUUUUUCAUCCACCACACAGUACAAUCAUGCUGUAUUCGAUGGUAAUUAUUACUACUACUUGCCCCUGUAUGAAGCUAAGCCUGUGUUGGUAGUCACCACCGAGUGGGAAGAUGUCACACAUCGGAUGCAUGCUUUCAAUGUCCUUCAAGCUAUGCAUAAAAAUCUGAGUAAACAUAUUCAAUUCCUGCAGAGAGAGAGCUACCCUCAGAGUUUGGACAAAAGCUGGAGAUACAGACUGCAAGAAAUGAAUGCGCUGUCUGGAUGGACAUGGUCUGCUCUGGAGAACAUCUGUAGCAGCACCACUCUGGACCAACAGCUGAAAUCAAUUCGCCAGUUAUUCUUACAAGACAUGAUGCACUCCAUUGAAGGCCUUUUGAAAAAAAAGGACCCAGGGCUUGAGCUGCUCACUCAGCUGGACGAUUGGCUGCAAAGACUGACUGAAAUAACCUAUGAGCCUCAGAUCAGCCUGCCAGAUGUGAUAAUAUGGAUGCUAUACCAAGACAGACGUGUAGCUUAUGCACAAGUGUGCCCAGCUGACAUACUGUAUGGAAAAACAGGCAUGGGUAUUCACUGUGGACGUUUACAAACCAUUGCCUUGAAGCAUUUCCCUGCACAGAAGAAGCCAUUCACUGCACCUCCUGCGCAACUCAGACUGAGACUGUGGCUGAGCCUAAUGUCUGAUGCCAGGAAGAUGAAUCGAUUCUUCCCAGGAAGCCUCUUUGCGUGUGCAGAAACUUAUGAAAACCAGGCCAAAUGGCUGGGAAGUUGGAGCACCAAGACACUAGGCUCCUACCCACCAUAUUCUGAUAUCACUGGGAUUGUUUCACUUGAAGGAUUUCAACCACCAGAGGGCUGGUGCUGGCAUGGGGACUGGUAUCUGAAGCCGCAGAAAAGGGUUCCACUGGACAAAAACAGCAGUCACUGGGAGGACGUUUAUGAGAAUGAGACACGCACACUUGGAGGGACUUGGAACCCAGAUCAGAUUCCCUAUACCGCAGUUAAUGGAGACGAGCACCCGUCCAUGGACAAGACAGUGUGCGCUGAGGGUUGGCACUUUGUACAAGACUGGAAAGUGGAGCACACUGGUAGUGCAGACUGUUUGGGGUGGGAAUAUGGUUCCGGGUCCAGCACACCUUGGGCUGCGGAAGAGGAGACGCACCACACUCAUCGUAGGAGGCACUGGAGAUGCAAAAGAGAGCGAAAUGUCAGACCACAAGUCUCUGACUCUGUUGUCACGUCCUUCAAGGAACUGCAUUCAGAAGCAGCAGAUCCCGCACGCUGGGAAUAUGCUCCAGCUUCUGAGUGGAAGUUUAAUCUGAAACAAACUCCUACUGACGUGUUCAGGAGACGCUGCUGGAGAAGAGUUAUGGUUCCCUCAGACCAGUCCAUGUCAUUUGCCAUAUUUUCGCAGGAAAGAUCAAGUGAGUUAGAUUUAGACAAGCUUGACAGUAACAAAGAGACAAAGGAUGCUCCCAAAGGAGUCCUGAGAUAUAACAAUCCUCUCAUAUACUGCCUGUGCACAGGCCGCCACCUUUUCCAGCUUCGCUGUUACUUAUUCGGUGCCCGAGGUCUUCCCUCCACAGAUGGAAGCAGCUCUUCAGGCAGUAACGUCCACUACCUGCAAUCUGAUGAAUCAGACGAUGACCAACCACACCACGAGGACGUGGAGGAAGGCGAAUUGGAGGAAGAUAUGUACGUCCAGGUGUGUUUUCUACAAUACAGUCAGCACUCUGAGGACUUCUGUCGCUCUACUGUUUGGGAUCAGACACUUCUGUUCUGUGAUAUAAUCAUCUAUGGCAAGCCCAAGUCUGUGUUGAAGGAGCCCCCCUACGUCACCAUGGAGGUCUUUAAAAAGGAUCAAAGGGGCAAGGAUGAAUCACUGGGUUGUUGUUCAUGUCUUCCCAUUGUACAUAUUAAUGUUGACACUCGCAUACCCCCACGUCUGAAAUGGUGCCCUGUCAGAAUGGAAAAGACGUCUUCUGUAGAAUUGCUGACAGCCUUUGAGCUUCUGUUGGAUGAAAAGAAUGGAAAAUUAGAUUCUAUACCACCACUGCCAACAAAUGAAAAUGGAAACUUUAAUGUACCAGAGGGGAUUCGCCCAACACUAGUGCCCAUGACUCUUGAGGUUCUUGCAUGGGGCAUCCGAAACAUAAAGACCUUCCACCUUAGGAGUGUGCUGAGUCCCAGCUUGCUGGUAGAAUGUGGGGGGAAGUGUGUUCAAACACGCCGCAUUCAUAACUUCAAGAGGAACCCCAACUUCCCUUCUGAGAUUCUACAUUUGUUAGUGGAUCUCCCAAAAGAAGAGUACUAUAUGCCCCCCAUCCUGCUUAAAGUCCUUGAUAACCGGCCAUUUGGCUACACACCCAUUGUUGCCACCUGUACAGUCAGAGACUUGAAGCCAUAUUUCAUUCAUCCUGCAAAACUUCAAGAUGUUCCACCCACACAAGAGCUACCAGCUGGUUUAAACUCACCUCAGGAUAUCAAGGCAAAUGUCCAGAAAAUUCCGCAAUAUCUAGAGGAAGAAGACGAAUUUGAUUGGUGGAGUAAAUUCUUUGCCUCAAUUGGUGACCAUGGCAACAGUGGAGAUUGCACUGAUAAGGGGCAAGACCUUCUUGUGGUGUACAACACAGAGUUGGAGUCCAUCCCUUCCUUUCAGGGUCUGAAGGAUUUUUGCCAGACGUUUAAGCUACAACGGGCAAAAUCCUAUGAUGAUAAUGACGAAGAUCUUUCUGUAGUAGGAGAGAUAAAAGCCUCAAUUAAGAUCUGUUUCACUUCGGAACAUAAGAUGCUUACCCCACAACAACAUUACAGCCUAAGUGCUGGUCCAGAGAAAUGUCUGGUGCGGGUGUACAUUAUCCGAGGCCUUGACCUGCCACCCCAUGACCUGAAUGGCUUGUGUGACCCUUACAUCAAAAUCUCCGUUGGUGAAAAGAAAAUGGAGAACAGGAAGAAUUACAUACCAUGCACGCUGAAUCCUGUAUUUGGCACAAUGUUCGAACUGAGCUGUGUAAUUCCGCUGGAGAAGGACUUAAAAGUUUCCGUAUAUGACUAUGACCUUAUGUCACCGGAUGACAAGAUUGGCGAAACUGUUAUUGACCUUGAGAACAGACUCCUUUCACAUUUUAGGGCUAACUGUGGAUUACCCCAAACCUACAGAGUAUCCGGUCCCAACACUUGGAGAGACCAGCUUCUCCCUUCUCAGCUUCUAAAUGUCACCUGCUCCCGCAGAGAAUGGGCCUCCCCAACUUACACAGAGGAUGGACAGGAAGUGUCAGUCAACAACAGAAAGUUGUGCUUGUCACAGUUUGAAAGUACAGGUUGUACACAUAGACAGUUUGGACCCCCAAAGGAGCGACUAUCAUUGUAUGUUCUGCGCACCCUUGGAUUAGUUCCUGAACAUGUUGAAACCAGAUCGCUCUAUAAUCCAGUAAGACCCUCUCUGGAACAGGGCAAACUACAGAUGUGGGUGGACAUUUUCCCAAUGAGUUUGGGGGCUCCUGGACCACCUUUUAACAUUUCACCGAGAAUUCCAAAGAAGUAUGUUUUACGGUGCAUUGUUUGGCAGACCCAGGAGGUGGAUCUUCAAGACACCAAUAUCUUUGGUGAAAGGAUGAGUGAUAUCUAUGUAAAGGGGUGGAUUGACGGAAUGGAGUGUGACAAACAGUGUACAGAUGUCCACUAUCGGUCACUAGAUGGCACUGGUGUCUUUAACUGGAGAUUCAUCUUUAACUUUGAGUACAUUGAUACAGAGAAAAUGUGUGUUGUUCAGAAAAAGGAUCACCUCUGGAGCUUGGACAAGAAUGCUAUGUACCUACCACCAAAACUAAUCAUCCAAAUCUGGGACAAUGACAAGUUGUCAGCUGAUGACUUCUUGGGUGUGCUAGAGCUUAACCUGACCCAUGUCCCCCGCCCUGCUCUCUUCCCUGAGAACUGUACUCUGAAUACAAUGAAAGGGUUGGAGACACGACGGGGCUUUCUCCGUUAUCUCAUUCCGAAGGUGUCCAGCCCCUGCUUCUUUUCUCUCUUCAAGCAGAAAUCUUUAAGAGGCUGGUGGCCUUGUGUGCCACAGAACAACAGCAAACCCAAGCUUUCGGGUAAAAUUGAGCUCACUUUAAUACUGAUGACAGAAAAAGAGGCUGAAGAGAAUCCAGCUGGGAAGGGACAAGAGGAACCCAAUAUUAAGCCAAAGCUAAAUCCACCCAUGCGGCAUGACUCGUCUUUCCUUUGGUUUACGUCACCAAUUAAGAGCUUGCGUUACAUAAUAUGGCGGAGAUAUCGCUGCAGAUUCCUGUGUGCCCUCUUCUUUUCUCUGGUUCUAUUGCUGAUUGGUGUUUUCGUGUAUUCUUCAUUGAGCUACCUGGCCAUGAAACUGAUAAAACCUUAGUGUAAUGAGAACAUCUUGCCAUGGGGUAAUGUCAGCAUUAGCCACAAAGACAGUAAUGACCAGCAUCCUCUGCACCAGAAGCAUUUGUGAUGUCCUGAACUCAUUGUGAACAAGAUCAUACUCCUAUAAAUGGUUGUGAACCACUGCAUUAAAGGGAUGCACAGAAGUGUGAGGUUUAGGCAGCAAUAAUGGGAAAUAAGUCCUACAAGUUAUUAGUCAUACUAGGCAUUAGAAUUGUCGUGGAUGCAUGGAUUACUUGUGCCAGGUUCCUCUUCCUCUUAGGGAGUAAAAGAAAGGUGUACAACCAGGAACAGCAGGAGACUUUCACCUAGGCUCCGCAGAAAUAGUCUAUAGUGUUAAGAGGAUUGGUUCCGGCACUAUUUUUAAUCCCUUGUUUAUUUUUUACCAACUCUUUGCAUUAAAUAUUCUUCAAAUAGAUUACCAAAACAUGUAAAAUAAAAUAGAUAACAUGCUGUGUAACGUACUGGAAAAUUGAAUAUAGAAGGAGUACGUAUAAACUCAACCUUGAUGACUAAAUUACAAUCUUUGGAAUAAACUCCCAGUGGUUGCAUGGGCACUGUGGAUAUUGU